AUGGCUCAAAAUAUCAACCCUCACUACGCAUCGUCAUCUAAUCCCGCCAAACAGAGCGAGGACACGAUAAAAUUGAAAGACAAUCAUGCAGUUAGCAAACGAUUGCAGAAGGAAUUAAUGGAGCUGAUGCGAUGCGCUGACAAGGGAAUAUCCGCUUUCCCAGAGAGCGAGAACCUUUUCAAAUGGAUAGGAACAAUUAACGGUCCCCAGGAUACGGUUUAUUCCGGUCACAAAUACAAACUGUCCCUCGAAUUCCCCAAUUCAUAUCCCUAUGCCCCGCCUGUAGUUAAAUUCCUGACGCCCUGUUUCCAUCCGAACGUGGAUACGUGUGGUUUAAUAUGUCUAGAUAUAUUAAAAGACAAGUGGACGGCUUUGUACGACGUGCGCACUGUACUGCUGUCUAUCCAGAGCUUGCUGGCCGAACCCAACACGCAGAGCCCUCUGAACCAGCAGGCCUCGUACCUGUGGCCAAACCAGCCUGCCUAUAAGAAAUAUUUAGAAGAAUUUUAUAAUAAACACAAAGAUUCAUAG